AUGGCUUCAGGAAAAUCACCAGUGAUUGGGAUUGAUUUGGGUACAUCGUGUUCCUGUGUAGGAGUCUUCCAGAAUGGGACGGUGGAGAUCAUUCCCAAUGACUAUGGAAACCGGACGCGCAUACCCAGUUGCGUUGCUUUCACAGACAGGGAGAUACUGAUUGGAGAGGAGGCCAAGGAUCAGAUGUCAGAGAAUCCCAAGAGUACAAUCUUCGAUGCCAAGCGUCUGAUUGGGCGACAGUUCAAUGACGAGGUUGUACAGUCAGGCAUGAAACACUGGCCCUUCACCGUCAUCAACACGGACGGCAAGCCGAUGCUGCAGGUAGAGCACAUUGGCGAAACCAAGACACUGUCUCCAGAAGAGGUCAGCUCCAUGGUUCUGACAAAGCUGAAGGAGACAGCAGAAGCUUACCUUGGCGAGAAGGUCACCGAUGCCGUCAUAACUGUUCCUACUUAUUUCAACGAUGCCCAGCGACAGGCGACCAAGGAGGCAAGGGUGAUCGCUGGCCUUAACGUCCUCAGGAUCAUCAACGAGCCCACCGCUGCCGCCCUCGCCUACGGUCUCGAUGAGAAGUCUGACGGUCGUGAACUGCAUGUUCUUGUUUUCGAUCUCGAUAGAAGUGAACUCGACGUCUCACUCCUUGUCAUUGAAGAUGGGAUAUUCGAGGUACUGACGACGGCUGGAGACGCACAUUUCGGCGGAGAGGACUUCGAUAGCAGACUCGUCAGCCAUCUCGUUGAGAAAUUCAAGAGCAGGAACAAGACAGACUUGAUGAUUAACUGCAUAGCACUACACCGCCUUCGUAAAGCAGUGGAACGUGCAUCAAGCACCACUCAUUGCUGUAUCGAAGUUGACUAUCUUUUCGAAGGCCUUAACUUUUACACUAGCAUUAGCAGAACAAAAUUCGAGGAGCUGUGUUCAGAUCUCUUUCAAAAGUGUUUGCAACCGGUAGAAAGAGUACUGCUGAAUGCAAAGAUUGAUAAGAAGAGGAUAGAUACAGUAAUCCUUGUUGGCGGAUCGACACGAAUCCCAAAGAUCCAGAAGCUUCUUCAAGAAUUCCUGGACGGAAAGGAACUCAACAUGUCCAUAAACCCUAAAGAAGUUGUAGCCCACGGAGCCGCGUUGUACGCAGCCAAUGUGCACAAGAUCAAAGAUAUUGUCUGUUUCCAUGUUGCUCCUCUGUCUCUUGGUAUCGAGACGGCGGCUGGCUCGAUGACAAGUAUCAUUGAUAGGAACACCAUGGUGCCAACCAGAGCAUCCCACAGAUUCACUACCUACUCGGACAACCAACCGGGCGUCUCUAUACAGGUGUUUGAAGGAGAGAGGGCUAUGGUCAAGGACAACAAUCGCCUCGGCCAAUUUGAGUUGUCCGGGAUACCUCCUGCUCCGCAUGGCGUCCCUAAGAUCGAAGUUACUUUCGACAUUGACGCCAAUGACAUAUUGACCGACACUGCUAAGGAUUUGAUGACGGGCCACACCAACGGGAUCACUAUCUAUCAUGAUAAGAGACUGUUCAAAGACGACAUCGAACGCAUGAUGAAGGAUGCUGAACGAUUCCAAACCGAGGAUGAUGUCCAGCGCGAAGGCAUCGCCGCCAAGAAUCUUCUAGGGGAUGACACCCUCAACCACAAGACCGCCUUCAGUGACUCGUCUACAGAGAAAUGGCUGGGCUCUGAUACAUUGUCUGAAAGCCCCUCUUAA